UUGGCGGCCAUAUUUGUUCGUUAUUGUUUGGUGAUGAAUUGAAGAUCGUCUCGAUUUUUGUAUAUGAAAAUAAUUCGUGAAGGUUUCCUCUCAUGACUUGUCACGAGGUAAGUAACACAUCUCACGGUUAUUUCACAUAUAGCUUUCGAAGGUCACAUUUUGGCUGUCUACGGUUAAAAAUUCUCCCGUCUCUUUACUUUUCUGGCAAUGUUGAUGUCGUGUCACAGUGCUCACCUGUUUCGUAUACGAAUGUUGUAUGUAAAUUUUCGUUCCUUAUUAGAUCAUCAGUUUUAUUUUCAAAAGGUACGAAUCCCAGAUUCCAGCAUUUUCUAAUUACAGACAAUUUACUAUUUUGGCCUUAAAUCGUAGGCUGCCAGGAAUAAAUCUGGUUGAAGUCAAUGCGGAUACGUUCAGAUUACUACGGAUCUGAUCAUGAAAACUUGAAUCAAUUUUAAUUUUACUCGUUUGUAUGUAAGAAAAGAAAGUGACCAAGCAGAAAUAUUUGUAACACAUCUCGAACAACGGUUGUUCUUGCGUUAUGUUUUGAUUUGAAUCCAGUGAAAAUAAGCAUCUAAAGAACUUUGUAUAUAAAGCGAUCAGUGAGCGGCUAGGGUUUAUAAAGAAACACGUACAUCUAAAUAUUUUAUAUCUUUUGAUUUAAACCACGUUCCGCGUGACUUUGGUCCACGAGCUUGAGUCAUGAGCUAAAUCGACUUUUCUUGGGCUGUUUAGGCAUAUACACGUAAUUUCUUGAAAGAAUAGGUUGUUUCUCUCUACCCUUGAAAAGUUUUUUCGCCUUGAGAAAAUAUAAUAAUUGAAUUUUGAACGAAAAACGUUUACAGUUAUUGUCCAUUUUUAUUGGAAAGAGCAACAGAAACCUUUUGUCUAGGAAAGGCUUUGAAUUGUUAAUUUUCUCCAAUGUUAGAUUUGUCUGUAGGUUUCAUCUCAAGCCUAAACAUUUGAAAGAGGGAAAGUAACAUUUUCUUGAAGCAUAUUCAGCAAUUACAUUUUAAUUGGAGUCAAAGGAAAUCAAUGACAACGUUAUGAAAAAAAAAUUUUUUUUUUUAAAAUUAUAACCUCUCUUGUAUGAUAUUCACUUAACUGAUUUGUUUUAAGGUACUGGUUUUGGUGUGAUUCCUUUUAUUUUUUGGAUUUUAGCAAAAGGGUUCAUUAUGAUAAUACAUGUUGGGGAAGAGCCCUGAUAAACUGUAUGGGAAACAUAUGAAUUAAGGGGGUAAGUUUGUAUAGAAACUGUGGUGCUGCAUCAGCAUGAAUGGCAUUUGGUAUUUUUCUUUUUGGUAUUUAUUUUUUUCCUCCAUUUCAACUGAUUAGAGUCUAAUGAAUAAUUACAAGUAAGAUAAGAGGAUGGAGAAGGGCAUAAUAUAGCAAGCUAAUUAGAUGCCCUUUAACUUAAAUCACACUUUUUCAUACAGUAAAAAGAAGUGAUACAAUAAGAUAUGAGAUACAAAUAUAAGAUACAAAUAUAAGAGAGGGAAUAGGAAUUGCACCUUAAACAACAAAUAUGUUAAUAAAACAUGGUCAGAGGAAGACAUUAAUCAGUACUGAGAAAAGUGCUCUUUUAAAAAGUUUUUUAGUGGGCUUCUCUUGUAUAGAUAUAGGAAUAUCAUUCCAAUUGUAGCACCUUAUAACUGUUGGAAAGAAUUUCCUUAUAUUUAUUCUGAAGGGGCUAGGGUUCAGGUGUUACAGAGAUGUAUUUCUAGUGGCAUAAUCAUGGAUCUCAGAUACAAAAGAAAGUGCAAAAUUAGAAUAUUUUUGUCUACAAUAUGAUUGUAGAAUAGUUGACACAUACUCAAUUUAAUUAUGUCAGGAAGUCUAAUUAGGCCAAGGCCUACAUAAUAGGGAGUAACAUGGUCACAAAUUGGUACAUUUUUGAUGAUUCUUAUAGCUUUGUUUUGUAGCUUGACCAACUGAGACAAUGGAGCUUCGUAAUUAUUACCCUAUAAUAUGCAGCUGUAUGUUAAAUGAGGAUGUACAAGUGCCUAGUAUACACUUACAUGAGAUUGAACUGUUACUAUGUCGUUUCAGUUUUGCGAUUAUGUUUAGACUUUUGCUAAUUUUACUGCUAAUAUAAUCAAUAUGAUCAUGCCAUGACAGAAAGGAAUCAAUAACUAAUCCUAAGUAUUUAACAGUGUGAGACGGUUCAAGGUAUUGAUUGGCUAAUUUAAGGGGGGGAUAUAUAUGAAUAUGGGGGAAUAUGUGUUACUUGACAUCAAACUAAUACAGAAAAUUCCAUGUUUUUUUUUAAAAUUUUAUUUGUAUAGAUUCACAGAAAGGGAGAUAUAUUAGCCUUUGUUAAAUUGGGAACUGAGUGAAAGCUUCUCCGCCAUCAUGAACAGUUCUUAUCAGAAGGUGUCACAAGACCCUGAUGAAAGGUAAGUGCUGUCAUCAUUGUAUCUAUUAUUACAACUUCAAUUCUCCUCUAAGUGAUGAACAUUGAUAUUAUACAUAGUGCAAACAAAUCAACCAAAAUAUCUCUAUCAAAAUGUACUUGAAUCGUAUGCUAGGCAAAAUUAGUCAGAUUAGAACAAAGCCUCUUUAACAUAUACAACUUUUUUGUGUUUGUACUCUCUCAGAAAAUAUCAACAGUUAUUUUUGACCCUUGAACUGCCAUGAGUGACCAAGAUAGAAGUUCUCCUUACAAUUUUGUUACAAAGUCAAGCAGACAAGGGACGAGAAUAGAAAAAAUAUCAAUUAGGGGAUUAUUACCAAAUUCUCCAAACUAACAUCAUAAGAAUUGUAUAGCAGACAGCAAGGAGAAUUACUUUUGAGAUCUUGGAGUGAAAAAGAAGACUUUGCUUCAGAACUCCUACAGUGGCUGAGGAACAAAUUUAAAGGGAUUUGUUUUGUCUUCUCAUAAAUCAGGCAUUUGAAGUUGAUUGCAGAUUACAGGAUUCACUAUCCUGCCCCCUUAAAAAAAUAAAAAUUCUAAAUUGUUAUAUUUCAUCCGCUGUACAUGUAGUUCAAUAUUUACUUGUUGUAAUAUAAAGACAAUUUUUACUGAUUAAGUGUAGGUGUUAACUCUUAAAAUCCCAGAAGUGAUUAACAUGUAACUUCUCCCUAUAAUAUCCAUACAUUAUCUAGCAAACAGGUAGUGAGAAUUCUCAAACUCAUUACGUACAAGAUAUUACCUGGAUUGAACACCAAAUUCCUGUAACCAAUUUACAAGGAAAUGUAGAGCAGCUAGAGGGGAGAAUUAACAAUCAGAUCUUGGGAGUUAAAAGGUUAAUCUAUUAGUCUCUUAUUAACCUAGGAUACACGAAACAUAGUGGUUGUAAUAUUAAAUGGGGCUUAACAUAAAAACUCCAAUUGGAAUAAUAGUGAGGACUGAAAUGCACCAAUGACCACAUGCUAUAAUACACCAGUAACAACAAACCAAGGUUCUAUAAUUGGCAACAUGUAAACUUUCAACCUCAUAGUUUGACGAAGACUAGCAAUAUAUAGUGUAGCAGUUGCAAGCAAUACCCAAUUGAUUAGCCUGGCCCUUACAUUAUGAGACAAACAAUUUAAUGUUCAUUUAUUUAUAAAACCAUGAUGAAGAACAGCAUUUUCUAUAAUAUUUACACUAAGUUAUGCAGUUCCAAGCAUUGAGAAUUCAGAAUGUUAAAUUAUUACUUUUACUACUUUAGCGAUGAUCGUCACAGAUCUUACCAGCCGUAUCAUGAUGAUGAGGAAGGCUAUGAAGGAAAUUAUGGCUAUAACUAUGGAUACAACCCUUAUCGCCCUCCAGCUGGUGGGCUCAAAGGAAAGGUGGAACAGAAAUAUUGGCACACCAAACAAACCGUGAUACAAAAACUGGGAAAGGAGCAGGAUUGUUAUGUUGUGGCUGGGGAUGCUGAGGUUGAUGCACGGCUGGAGGUAAAGAGAAAGAUUCUUGUCAUGUCUGCUGGGAGACUCAAGUUAGAAGCAAUGUUGUCAUAAUCUUAUAGCAUUUGGCCAUUCUGUGAAAACAGUUCCACAUGGUUGUUUUAUCUUCAGGGUUUUCAAUACAUGUCGGGGCUGCAAACUGGUGAAAUUUGCCACAUAUGUCAAGUGGAAUUGCUGUCUUACUUCAUCUGUUCUAAGCCAUUUUGAUUUAUUUGAUAGAGAUCAGCCUAAUCUGAAUUAAGUUUAAAAGCUACUUUAAUUAAACUUAUACGUGAUUGUCCAUGGAUGCUUUUUUUUCAAUAUUCAACUGUUAAAGAUUGAUAUGCAGUUUCUUUCACUUGCAAACAGUUAAUGGUUAUGCUUCAUUGUUAUAGGCAUUUCGGCAUAUUCAGAAGACAUGCAUAGACAUACUGAAGGCAGUAGAAGUCUAUCAAAAUAGGAUAUUUGGUAAGAAUGUGGUUGUCAUUUCUUACAUCAUGCACAUGUAGAAGUAGAUGUUCAUGUGACUUCCUAAAUGUACUAUAACACAUGUUAUACAUGUUCUUUGAGCAAUUUUCAAUUCAUUGUUGAAAAUAAUCCAAGGUGUUACUUUGCUAUGUGAUUGGUCCACAAAACUCAAAUGAACUGCAAUUCACUUAAAAUACCCUCUUCCUCCUGCAAUAUUCUAGAAUUAUGGAAAAAUAAAUGUGACAUUCAAGGGGAAAGGUGUAAAAUUAAGGGUGCAGUUAUAAAAUUAGAGUGUUAUUCAAGAAUGUAUUUCUUACAAGACCUUUUGGUGUGUAGUAUUGCUGGGUAUUUUUACAAGUUGUGCUGUAUAGUGAGUAAUAAAAGCACUCUGAAAUACUACACACCAAAAUGUGUAAUACUUUAUUUGUUAUUCAUACUGCUUUAUUCUAUAUGCAUUUCUUAUAAGUUGGGAAAAGUGAAGCAGAUAGAGAAGCAGGUUGUGACAGAUCUUGCGCAACACCUAUGUUAAAUUAUGGUACAAAAUAACCAACUUUCCAAAUAACUGCACAAUAUUGAGAGACUUUUGUACUUGAUAUGGUUGUCAUUUGCACCUUACUUAGUGCAGUUGGAUAAUGAAUGAAGAUAAAAGUCAUUUUGCUGAAAUAUAUGCCCUGCCCCAUUCAGUGUUCUAUAGUCACAGAAAGCAAAAUGAGUUUGGAGAGAUGGUAAAAGCAAAAGUGUAAUAAAAUUGGUGUGCUAUUCCAAAAUAAUGUCUUCUCAGUAAUGUCUUCUUGAUGGUUAUGUGUCAACAAUUUUGUCACUAAUUGUGGAUAAUGUAAGUGUAAAUCACUUCUGAAAAUUACAAACCUCCAACUAAUUUCUUUUAAUGUAAGGUACUGUACAAGAGAAGAUAAAUGGGGGCUCAGAAAGAUAAGGUUUACAUGUGAGCUUCUUUUUUAUUUCCACUAACUACAGCUUUGUCUCAAGAUGAAAAUGAAAUGGGACGGUUUCUGCGAGAGCAGGGUUCCCAGGAUAAAUCAAAAGCAGGAAAAAUGAUGAUUGCUGUUGGCAAGGCUCAGAGUUACUCUGCACAGCAACGGUAUACUACUUUCAGUUGUUCUGUUUAUUAGAAGGGUCCUAAAUAAAUGAUUUUGAUCUUGUUACAAUUGAUUAAUUGUACAUGACUGUGUGUCUGUGAAAGCUUUUAAGAACUGGGUACCUAAGAUUUCUGAUGCGAGUGCACUCAGGGAUUUUUCUCAUAGUACAAAUUUGAUGUACAUGCUCUUACAGUAUGUAUUAACUCCUUCACUCCCAAGAUCUCUUUUGCCAUUCUCCUUAUUGUCUGCCAUACAGUUCUUGUGAUGUUAGUUUUGAGAAGUUGGUAUUGGAUCAACUAAUAAUCGUCCAACUGAUAUUUUUCAUUAUUCUCAUCACUUGUCUGCUUGUUAUUGUCUUAAUAUCAUAUGGAGAAAUUCUGUCUUGGUCAACUAUGGGAGUUAAAGGGUUAAUGAACUUUUUAAUUUGGACAGGCUUAGUCUUAGAACUCCGCUUGUGAGGCUUUACCAAGAAGUGGAGACAUUCCGUUUCCGUGCAAUCUCUGACACUUUCCAGACUGUAAAUCGAAUGGAACUGGCCAGAACAGACUACAGAGCUGGGCUCUUGUGGAUGGCAAACAUUUCUAAAGAGUUAGAUCCUGAAGAAUACAAAAGAUUAGACAAGUUUAGAGAGGUCAGUGGUUGUAUGUUGGAAAACCUUAUUACUCAUAACAGACACUGGUAAAGGCCUCCAAAUACAAGCAACCUGAAUAAAUUGUAAUUCUUUAAUGUGACUUUCCACAUAGCAUAGCAGUUCAAGAUGAAAAUAAACAAAUCUGCUUACCCUUCAGCAAUUUUUCAUGUGGUAAAUGUUAGAAUUUUACACCCGUAUCAUAAGCUGCGGCUUUUCCGUUGAACAGUAAUAUGCGCAAUAAAUUAUAUCAUCCACAUUAUUAAGAAGUUAAUGCUACUUAAUGCUGACAAAAUAUCAAAUGAUUCAAAAUGUUAUUUACAAUAAAUUGAAGGUUUUAAUACCAAUAUUUCAGCUUAGUUCAAAUGAGAGAUUUUCCUCAGCUGAGCAGUAGACUGAAAUAAUAUCAGCUGGAAAGGGUGGGAUGGGGGAGGUGUGUGGAAGGUGACAGAAAUUCAUUUUUUUAUGGCAACCAUUUUACAAUUGAAUUUUAAAAAAUUGAAGUAGGAGCCCUGCAAUUUCAUGCAAUUACUUGGUGAUGUGUACAACAUAAUUUUUUGGGCAACCAACCAGAACCUGCAAUUUCCAUAUAGUCAAAGGAAAAGAAGACUCCAAGCAGUACAUGUGGGCUGAUUUCCAUGUAUUGUAAUGAGAAAUUAAAUUUUGAAACUAUUUUUUUUCUUUCAGGUUCAAGGCCAAGUCAGGAAGGGUAAAAAGAAAUUUGAAAAGCUGAAAGUAGAUGUUAUGCAAAAGAUAGACUUGCUGUCUGCAAGUAGAUGUAACUUACUUUCAAGCACACUUGCUGCAUACCAGCAAGCGUUGCUUAAGUUUUGGGAAAACACUUCUCGCACUAUGAUACAAGUAUCAGAACAGUUUAAGGGGUUACCUGCAUAUCAGUUUCAAAUGCUGAAAAGCCUUAAUCCUCUGACUCUGGAAGGUGAUGACAAGGAGAAGGGAGAAGAAGGAAAGGAAGCCAAACCUGUUAGAGAAUUUGAAGAUGACAAAAAAGAAUCCGCUGACUGUGGGGAAAAGAAAGAAGCUUCAAAAGAAGAUGAUGAUGAUCAAUUAAUUUCUCUGGAUCAUUCACCACUAGAAGAGAAAAAGACAGCUGAGGAUGAGAACAAAAAGGCUGAUAAUGAUGAUGACGAAGCACUCUUAGAAACAGAUUUAUUGGGAGAUGAUGAAGUGUCCAAUGGUAAUGUGGAUGAAAAAUAUGAAACGCCUUUCAUUGAUUUGCUUGGUGAUGAUGCUUUGAUGCCAUCAAACCACAAAUCAGGUUAGUAGUGCACUGUCACACGGCUACAAGUGCAUGGGCUGUAGAUCUCUGGGUUCAAACUGGGGGGGAAGGUUUCACUCCAACCACACUUUUGAACUUAGCAGGCCAUGCAAUGAAAUACAGCCUGCCAAAUUGACCAAUUAUAGUGCACAUACUUACCAAGGGAUGUGUGUGUAGUUAUUUAUUUUCUUGUUGUGCUACUGAUAUUUGUUUUUUUAAAAUUUAUUGAUGAGAGUGCCAACUAUGAACUGAUUCAAUUGUAACAAGUCUCAAACACCUCUUCAUUGUACUUUUUGUUUGUUAGGGACCAGUGAUCUUCUGUCAUCAUUUGAGGAUCAUCCAAGUAGUAAUGGACUUACAAGUCAUCGCUCGAUUAUGCCACCCAGCUAUGAAGAGGCAAAGCAAAUUCCUGUGCCUGGUAUGGGAUUGAUAAGUGUUAAUCCUGUAACUCUCCAAGAGUGACUGGCAUCUUUAUGUUAUUUGUAAUUACAAUAUCACACCUAAAUUAACAUAAAGCUCACAAGAAUAAACAAAAUGAUCCCCAACCAAGAGGCUCUUGAUUGUUUAAAAAGAUGUUCCUUAUGGCUGAACCAUAUUUUCAAAAUAAUUACUUCUAUGUAGAGAGUAUCUGUUCUUAACCCUUUCACUCCCACAAGUGACCAAGACAGAAUUUCUCCUUACAAUAUCAAUACAAUAUCAAGCAGGCAGGUGAUGAGAAUAGAGAAGAAUAUCAAUCAUGGGAUUAUUAGUUGAUCCAAUACCAAAUUCUCUGAACUAACAUCAUAAGAAUUGUAUGGCAGAUAGUAAGGAGAAUUACUAAUUAGAUCUUGUGAGUGAAAGGGUUAAUAUGAGUGUAGUGAGAUUUUUCUCUUUCUUUUUGUCCAGGAAGUGAAAAUGCAUCAUCAAUGACGGCUGAUGAUCUGCUGUUUGGUUCCCCUACCAAGGAAGACAGAGCACCUGGAAACAAGUCAGAUAUUGAUAUCUUAAGUGAGAUUCUUGGCUCCAAUGGUUCCUCCAUGCAAGGUGUCGAGAGUGAGAAUAGCUUCAGCAAAACGUGGAAGGAUAUGUUUGGGGAUGAGCCAGUUGAGACUGCUCAGCCGUCUUUGCAGGAACCCAAUCAAUCAUGGUCCCAAGGGGGUUCCAACUUUAUGAUGCCCUCUGACCUCCUUAACAGCAUGGCUAGGUUUGAUCCAUUUGGCGAGGUACCAAGAGGCAACCCUCCCCAGCAAGCAGCAGGUGCGGCUUCAAAGAUGUCAGCUCCAAUGCAGGGAGGCAAGCGUCAAGAGGGUCAUCAAGGUUCACAGGCAAAACAGGCUUCAUUACUCGCAGGAAAAGCAAGUGACAAAGGGAAAGGAAAGGGGAAAAAAGGUUCUGACAUGUCUGCUUGGUUCAGUUUGUUCUCUGACUUGGAUCCCCUAGCCAAUCCUGAUGCAAUUGAUAAACAAAACAAAAAGAGUGAAGAAGACAGACAAUGUUAAGUACAUGUAAUUGAAAUCACAGAAUUUAUUUAUGGUGAAUUGUAUAAUGGCUGACACAAAGCCUGCUUGGAACUUCAAAACCAAGGUUAUGGAAGGUUGAAAUCAGAUUGAAAUCAGUUGGGGUGGGGUUAAGUUUUUGGUUACAUGUACUGCCAUGAAUAAUAACGAUUAAAAAAAAAACAGCAACAACAAGAAAGAUCAUUUCAUCUCAACAGAUGGUUUUAAAAUGAAUAUGUGCAAAUAUUUUGCAAGAAGAAACAAAAUAGCUGUGUAUAUCUCUUAAAACCCUGAAAUAACAGAUUCUUGGUUCUUCUUUUAGGACUAAAUAAAAUGUUUUGCUAAUUUGGCUUGUAAUUUUGAAUUAAAAUUAGCCAAAUAUUUUCAAAGUUUCGCUCAUUUUCUUCACAAAGUCAUUGUCUGCUAAAGAAAUGUUCAAAGGUUCUUUCAAAAUUGUAGACCAGUGCUAUAGUUGUUUUUGAUUUUAAUGGCUGGUGAAUAAAUACUAGCAUGCUGGAAUUUUCCAUAAGGGACAGUAGAAGAAGAAAAAAGGCAAAUUUAAGCCUCUUUUAAGUUAUUGUUUAUUCGUUAUAAUAUUGUAUAUUUAAGUUUUCUAAGUGUUUGUUGGGUGUAUAUAUUACAGUCACAAUUACAUUCUUUGUGUAUGAAUACACACUAUCGGGGAACAAAUGAUGGGCUUCAGUACUUUUUUUUUCCUUUCUGAAUAACAUGAGCAAGUUGUAAACAUUGUGUAGACCUCACCUUCAUGUCAACUGCCUGAUAUAUC